AUGUAUUCGCUUUUGUUGUUCCGCAGUUGUUGCGUGGCAAGCCCGCAAUUACUUGUUCUUACGAUUUUCCUCCGCGAUCGGUUCGACGACUCGAUUCUUUUCGGGGUAGUAAGUCCCGAAUUAUUCUUCUUGGCUGGAACGGCGGUUAAUCGGACGACUGCGAUGAGACCGAUGAAAGGGGUCGUACACACUAGCAGAGCGACGGGGCUUGUCGACACCUCUCGUGUCAUUGGUCAAAGAUUGUCGGGGGGAGUUAGCCCAUUUGCCACUUCUUCUAUACGGUUCCAAAUUCCUGGGUCUUCCGCGCAAACCUUUGAGCCUAAUUGUGGAAAAAUUCCUCAAUUACUUAAUGAUACGGAGGGUCGACAGUUUAUAGUCGGACUCCGGAAAAGUGCUAUAAAUGUUCAUAGACUCCUGAUACUCACUAGUCCUCAGGAACUAAUCAAAUCAACCCUCCUCCCUCUACCUCCAGUAUUGACCAAUCACAUCACAUUGCGUACCAUCCCAUUGCCCGCCUUUUCGGAAAAACUCUCACUCGCCGAAAUUUGUAUAAACAUUUCCCGCGGUUUAAUUUCAUUUUUCUUUAGUUUGAACUGGUGGAACUUACAACUCCACCAGAAUUACUCAAUAAUUGUUAAUUCGCGGCGAAACAUUUUUUGGUCCUUCGAGCCGGAUACCCUUGUGAAUCAAUAUUUUCGUGCUAAAUCUAUCGUGAUUUUUGAAAAAUUGACAGUUCAGCGAAAAUUUGUGAUAAAAUUCAACUUAGUGCAUUCCCCCAAGGACAAAAGGGUUGACGAAGAAUCUUCCUCGCCAGCCGGGUUCAGGUCGACAUCCAGAAUUGGCAAGAGGACACCGUCAUCGUCACCUGAGAAAGCUGCUCCUCCUCUAUCCUCACCACCAUCGCAGAACACCAGAUCUAGGAAGGUGCUGUUUAGCAAGCUGAAGAGGCUGAGCAGUUGGUUGGUGAGUGAAGAAGUCAAUAACACACUUAUAGAGACUCUCGAGCUCAAACUUGAAGACCUUACAACUAAAUUCCGCAAAUGGGAAAUUGAUCAGGAAAAUCGCAUAUUGCAAGACCAAGCCCAUGAAACAGAGCACGAGAAAGAAGGAGAAUCAAUCUCCAAUAUGUAUUUUAACAUCGCGGGUCAAUUCAAACGUGCAAUUAAUGAGAGGAAGGAUACAGCUACUGUAUCAUCACCUAAUAGCAAUCCUUCUGAAUCCAGGGAACACUUCGUCGGGAACUCCGCAAAGUUGCCAGAUCUUUGCUUGCCAAAAUUCGACGGAAGUUUUGAAAAAUACCGUAAUUUUCACGAUGAGUUCGAGGCUGCCGUCCAUUCUAAUAAAAAACUCACAAAUGUCACAAAACUACAAUAUCUCAAAUCAUGUUUAACUGGAGAUGCGCACGAUCUCAUCAAAGAGUUAGAUAUCACAAACAAGAAUUACGACGUUGGAUGGAAACUCUUGGAAGAUACAUUCAACAACUCCCGUUUGAUUCUUCGUCGUCACUGCACACUCCUACUUCAUCUCUACAAGAAAAAAGAUUCAUCCCGUUCCCUGCUAGAAAUUGUGAAUGCUGUACGCUCUCAGCUUCGUCCUCUAGACUCUCUGGCUGACAAAGAAAAACCAUUUAACGCUCUCCUCAUCACCAUCAUACUUGAGCUCCUGAGUGAUGAGGUCGUUUUCCAAUGGGAAAACACUCUCCCCGAUAAGGAAAUGCCAAAAGUCAACCAUCUGUUAGAUUUCAUACAACGACGUGGAUUAUGUGUAAAAUCCACUGAAGUUGGGAAGACUUUAAACUACAAGGACAGUUCAAGUAAAUUUGAGGCUCAUGGUAAAAACAAAAAGAAGAAAAAUCCAUCAUCAUACGCUAACUCUUCAGCAGCGACAGUUAGCCGACCAACUGGAUCAACUCAGGUGUUCCACACAAGUGUCCAGAAACCAUGCACUGUGUGCCAGGGUGCUCACAAGAUCUACGGUUGUCCAAGGUUUCAGGAGAUGUCUCAACAAGAACGAUUGAAACUUGUUUUCAGUCAGAAUCGUUGCCUCAACUGCCUGGGUGUAGGACAUGUCUGCUCCACAAGUUCGAGGAAUCACCCACUUCAAGCCAAGUCCAGCCUGGAUCCAAUUGACAAUCAGCAAGGGCACCUUCCGAAAGUCUCCUGCAACGUAUCUCACUUAACACAGAUAUUCCAGAAACCAGUACCAUGUCGGAUGUUGUUGGAUACCGGCUCCUCAUCAAGUUUCAUUACGACAGAAUUAGCUGAAAAACUUCAAUUACCCAAGGUGCAGUGCUCCAUAUCGGUUGGUGCCCUCAACGACUUGUCAACAGUAGCCAACUAUCGUGUAACUGCUACUGUCCAGUCUCGUCACAAUAACUUCAGGAAAGAUCUCGAUUUACUGGCCAUACCGGCUAUUUCCUCAUUGAUUCCUGGACAACAGAUUGACCGAAAGGCUUUACAAUUAACUCCUGAUGUUCGCGAUCAUCUUGCUGAUCCAGAGUUUCAUAAACCUUCACCGGUUCAAAUGUUGCUGAGCUCCGGACACUCCAUAUCUACGUUGGCUGUUGGGCAACGCAGAAUCCCUCACACUAGAAAUCUCAUCGCUCAAAACACGCCGCUCAACACGAUGAUGUUAGCCUGUGAAAAACAUUUUACAGAACACGUCUCUCGCACUCCAGAAGGACGGUACAUGGUCGCAUUGCCGUUCAAUAACUUGAAGGAGCAUCUUGGUUCCUCUAGCUCCCAAGCUCACCGCCAUUUUCUUGCCCUUGAAAGGAAAUUUCGCGUCAAUCCAGACCUCUUGCAAGAAUACAGAAAGGUCAUGGAGGAAUAUAAACAGCUGGGACAUAUGAAGAAGGUAACCAAUGAGAUUGAAGAUGGCUUCUAUCUCCCACAUCAUGCUGUCAUCAAGAUGUCCAGCAUGACCACCAAGGUGCGGGUUGUCUUCGAUGGAUCCGCCAAGUCUAGCAGCAAACACAGUCUGAAUGAUGCCCUGAUGGUGGGGCCAACUAUCCAAGACGACAUCUUCUCGCUCAUAGUACGUUUUCGAGUACCAGGGUUUGUGCUCACAGGUGACAUCGAGAAGAUGUAUCGCCAAGUACUCGUAGCCCCCGAUGACAGGAAGUUUCAACGGAUAAUCUGGAGGGACCAACCAACAGAUAAAGAUGUUACGGUCUAUGAACUCCAAACAGUCACCUUCGGCCUAGCUCCUGCUCCUUAUUUAGCUACCCGCUGCCUUCAUCAACUUGCAGACCAUGAAAAUGACAAUUUCCCUGUUGCCUCUACCAUAUUAAAACGAGACCUGUACGUGGAUGACGUUCUCACCGGUGCCAACUCCCUCGAAGACACAUGGCAGCUCCGGAAUGAACUGAUCGCGCUACUGAGGAAAGGUGGAUUCAAUCUUCGACAGUGUGCAUCGAACUCUUCAGCUGUGCUCCAAGGCCUUCCGGACUCUGCAGUCAACCUCCAGUUACUCGGGGGUGACGAUCCAAAGCUGAAGGCACUAGGAGUCCAUUGGGACUCUCAGCAAGAUGAUAUAGUCUACACUGUCAACCCAUUUGCUACCGAAGAGACGAUCACCAUGCGCACCAUUGCCUCUGAUGUAGCGCGCAUUUUUGACCCGCUUGGACUACUGAACCCUGUCAUCACACAUGCCAAGAUCAUUCAGCUUGAGCUGUGGAGACUGAAGUUAGACUGGGACGAUUCAGUACCACAGGAAGUAUCCACAAGAUGGGAAGAUCUGGCUGCCCAACUUCCUCUUCUGAAUGAUCUCCGUUUUCAACGUCACAUUAUUAUUAUUCAUCCUAAAUAUGUUGCACUCCAUGGUUUUUCAGAUGCUAGUGAAAAGGCUUAUGGAGCCUGUCUCUACCUUCGUUCUGUUGACUCAGAUGGAAACAGCAAGGUCCAUCUCUGGUGUGCUAAAUCUCGGAUCACACCAUUGAAGAGUUCACAGACCAUUCCUCGGCUGGAGCUCUGUGCCGCUGAAUUGCUGACUGAGCUCUACGUCACAACGAAGAAGGCGACUAACAUCAACCCAGACAAGGAGAUUUUUUGGACAGACUCCAUGAUCACCCUGCAGUGGAUCAAUAAAUCCGCCCAUACUCUGCAAACGUUUGUCGCGAAUCGAGAGGCAAAAAUCCAACAACGAACCAACCCAGACGAUUGGAGACACGUUCGUACAUACGAUAAUCCUGCUGAUGCUAUCUCUAGAGGACAACUCCCGACUGACUUUUUGGAGAAUGCGCUAUGGAAACAUGGGCCCAACUGGCUCACCGGGGGAGAAGAGACCUGGCCAUAUACGCCAAUUGAAGUAGCAGCCGAGGUGCCUGACUCCAAGAAGACCUUGUGCCUAACCACAUCCUCAAAAUCAAAGGCACCGUCUCCAAUCUCGACACAUUCCUCAACCUCUUCAAAGAUUCACAUUCCUGACAAUCCUCUCCUUUCAUAUUUCUCAUCCUUCUACAAACUUCGUCGUUUUGUUGCACUGACUCUUCGAUGGUUUAACAUUUAUAGAUUACGGAAAACCGCUGGACCCAGCCAUGGACAGCGUGGUAGAGGUCUCAUACGAGUUGGAGGAAGAUUAGAAAAGGCCAAGACUAUUAACUUCGAUGAAAGGCAUCCUAUCGUCUUACCACCGUUCCAUCACAUUACUCGCUUACUGAUUGAAGCUAGCCAUUUUGACAACUGCCAUACUGGAACGCAGGCUACCCUGCACCUCUUGAGACGUAAGUACUGGCCAAUGGAUGGUCGGCGGCAAAUUCGUCACGUCAUCAACAAGUGCGUCACCUGCUGCAAAUUCAAACCUGCCCCUGUCAACUACAUCAUGGGAGAUCUUCCAGCCCAGCGUGUGACUCAAUCCAAACCGUUUGAACAUACAGGCGUCGAUUACUGUGGGCCACUUUUCAUUAAGGAAAAGAAGCAUCGAAACCGCGGAAGGAUCAAGGUCUGGAUCUCAUUAUUUGUCUGUUUUACCACAAAAGCAGUUCAUAUUGAGGUUGUCGAUGACCUCAGUACAGAAGAGUUCCUGGCUGCAUUUAGCAGAUUCCUUUCCAGACACCCCACAUGCAACUCCAUGUACUCAGAUCACGGAACCAAUUUCGUAGACGCAAAGAACGAACUGAAGGAGCUUGAUGCCCUUUUAGACCAAGAGGGCUAUAAAGAAAAGGUUCAGCAACACCUGGUUCAACAUGGCAUCCAGUGGAGUUUCAUCCCUCCACGUGCUCCUCACUGUGGUGGUCUCUGGGAAGCUGCAGUCAAGUCGUUCAAGUAUCAUUUGAGGAGAGUCAUUGGACAUCAGCUUCUCACUCAUGAACAGGUCAACACUCUUCGUAUCAAAAUUGAAGGUAUUUUGAAUUCUCGUCCACUAACUCCUCUGUCCACAGACCCAAAUGACUUGACUGUUCUCACUCCGGCUCAUUUCCUCCACGGGAGCUCUACAAGGGAUCUUCCAGCACCAGAGUUUUUGCAUACGCCAAGCAACCGACUGUCAUACUGGGAACAUCUCGAAAAACUCAAGCAAGAGUUUUGGUCCAGAUGGCACAAUGAAUACCUGAGUGAGCUGCAGAUUCGCCAUAAGUGGAUCGAUGGUGAUCAUCGUAUCAAGGAGGGUUCCUUGGUUCUACUACGAGAGGACAAUCUACCUCCAAUGCAAUGGCGGAUGGCCCGCAUCUUGGAAACUUAUCCUGCUUCCGACAACAUCAUCAGGAAGGUUAAAGUUAAAACCACUAAUGGUGUAGUGGAAAAGAAUGUCAAGAAGCUGUGCCUAUUGCCGAUUGACUAA